AUGGAUGGGAAACGUUUGAGCCUGUUUGGGCUGUGUGAUCUCGUCUUGUUAGAGCAGCGAUCUCUCAAUAGAUACCCUGGGCUUGUUUUGUCUUGUCUGGCGACGCAUUACCUCACUUGCUCAUCUCGAUACUUGGACGUGUUGCGUAACUUUCCAUCCACUGUCUCGACCAUCUCUCCAGCACAUUCCUUGCGCCACCUAACCUUCACACUACCAGUGUCCGUGUGCAAAUCAUCAACCUCAGUUCUUAACCUCAACAGCUCAUCACCUCCAUCCUCUUCCAUCCUUUACUUCAAUCGUACGCUAGAUUUCGAGAUUCAUUCUCAGUUAUAA